AUGGACCGAAAAGAUGGAAAUGGUGAGGUGGCUAGGCUGGUCGGCCGACUAAAAAAGCGCUCUAGCAAGCUCCAUCCAUCUAUAUCUUCAGCUCGUGUGACAACUCCUCUAGUGUGUAAAGUGUAUCUUGGUAUUACCUUCACCUUAAAAUCGCGACUGGGCAGGAAGCUCCUCCCGAAGCUCUGGCUGCUACCACGUUUCUUUUCAGAUUUCAAAAUGGAUAAAACUGAUGUAGAGAUGAAGGAUGCUAAAACGCUGCCCCAAGAUUCAGAGAAGAAACUGCUUGAAGCAGAAGUUGAAUCUCAAGCAGAAGAAUUGCCUUCUGCAGCUUCUGGUACACACAAAGCAAAUGCCAGUGUGAAUGAAGUAGGCAAUGCUAAAAGUGUUGCAGAUGACAGGGUUGACGAGGUCAAUGAACAAACUGCUGCUCAAACCAACAGUGGAGGAGUUAAAGAAGAGAACUUCGCUGGAAAUGGCAUGGCGGGUGGAGAUGCUAUUGAAAAUGUGACGGGAGAAGAAAACCCUGCUGAAAUUGUUGCAGAGGAGAAAAAGGACCAUAAAAUUGGUAGAGAGGAUGGAGACCCAGUUACCAACGUUUCAGAAGAAGAAAAACUACGGGAAAAUACUACUGUGGAGAAAAUCUCUCAUGAAAAUGAGCAACUUCCAACUGAAUUAUCUGCAAUAGAGACUCCUCUAAGGGAGGGUGAUCCUGCACACGGUGAGGAUGAAAAGAUGGCCGAUGUGGUUCAUAAGAAUGAGGAGGAAAUAGUUAAAGAUGAGUUGAAAGAACCAGGCAAUGAAUUUGUUUCUAAUAGUACUGUAAUGGAUGGAAAUGCCAAGUUGAGUGAAACUGCAAUUCCUCUAAUUGAGGGUGAUCCUGUGCAGGGUGAUAAUGAAAAGAUGGCAGAUGUGGUUGAUGAGAAUGAGGCUGAUACAGUUAAAGAUAGGGUUGAGGAUGAAAAGAUGACAGAUGUGGUUCACGAUAAGCUGAAAGAACCAGGCAAUGAAAUUGUUUAUGCUAGUACUGUAACUGAUGGAAGUGCCAAGAUGAGUGAAACUGUUGAUGAUACUUCCCUUCCAACCAAUCUAGGAUCUGCUACAUCCAGUUCCCUCAUCAAAUAUUCAACAACAAUUGCUGGAGAUCAUAGCGAAGAAAUAGUCAAAACCUUUUUUAGUCAAUCAGAGAUGGAGGAGGGUGAUGAUGGAGCACCAGAAGAUCAAGUAGCAUUUAUGAAGGAACUUGAAAGGUUUUACAGGGAGAAGUCAAUGGAUUUUAAACCUCUCAAAUUUUAUGGGCAGCCACUAAAUUGUCUAAAGUUAUGGAGAGCUGUGAUUAGAUUGGGUGGCUAUGAUCGGGUGACUGGAUUAAAAUUGUGGCGGCAAGUGGGAGAGUCAUUCCAUCCCCCAAAGACUUGUACAACUGUUUCUUGGACAUUCCGUAUAUUUUAUGAGAAGUCUCUUCUGGAAUAUGAACGGCACAAGACGCAAAGCGGCGAGCUUCAACUCCCAGAUCUUACGCUUCCUGAAGCUCCAGGUGUUCACAGUGAGGGAAAUGGAUAUCAAGGAUCUGGAUCAGGCAGGGCUCGGAGGGAUGCUGCUUCUCGUGCUAUGCAGGGUUGGCAUGCGCAACGUCUUUCUGGUCAUGUCGAGGUUGGUGAGCCAAUUGUCAAGGAAAAGAAUCUCAACAAUGGAGCUAAGCGUGAGAAAAAUCUCAAAAGCAUUGGCUCCCUAAAGCAGAAGAGACCAAGUGAAGAGGAGCAUUCAGUGAAAGCAGCACGAACUGAGACAUCUAAGCAAAUGGUUGCAUCGGUAGUUGAUGUUGGUCCCCCGGCUGAUUGGGUGAAGAUCAAUGUGCAACAAACUAAAGAUUGUUUCGAGGUUUAUGCCCUAAUACCUGGGCUUUUGCGCGAAGAGGUGCGUGUUCAAUCAGAUCCUGCUGGACGUUUAGUCAUAACAGGUGAGCCAGAGCAACCCGAAAAUCCGUGGGGUAUCACAGCAUUUAAAAAGGUGGUGAGCUUCCCUGCAAAAAUUGAUCACGUUCAUACUUCUGCUGUGGUUAUGUUGCAUGGGCGCCUCCUCAUCCGUGUCCCUUUUGAGCAGUGA